GUACAAAAAUGGUUACAACCUCCAUUGACCCCCAUUGGUGUUCAUGCAGUUGGCCAAAAAUCAACACUUUGAAAAACACAAAAGUCAGAGACUUAUCAGGACAGGAAGUCAAUAGCUCUGGCUCCAAUAUGCAAACAGCAAGCUGCACUCCUAUUUCCACUAACUGGAGCUCCAAAGAAAUGUCUCAUCCCAAACUAUCCGUGAACUCCCAGUGGAUGGGAAUGGGUCAAACGACGCAAGAUAACAGAACAGCAUUUGAAGAUGAGAGUAUCAGAGUCAAAAAUGAAAGUGUUCAGCAAGAACUGAACAAAUUUUUAAACACAGAGAGACCCAACGUCACAUAUGAGGACAAUGAGGAUUUUCAGACUCAAGAUUUUCAAAUACGCUUCGGUCACUGUCAUGAGGAGAUGUUGGAGGAUUAUGGUAGAAAUUGCUCGCAGAUUUUCAGUGAAAUCAUGAGUGAACUUGGAGAGGAGAACUGGUGUAAUAUGGAGAUGGUGAUAAGAUACUACAGCAGUUUAACUAUGUGUAUGGAGGUAAUAUCCCAUAUGUCAGGUUGCUUUUACCCUAAUCGUGUGGUGGAGCAGCUGUUUGUGAGGAUACACCAGCAGUACUUCAGCCUUUGCAGCAAUGAAGAGGAUUUACUCGACGCCCCGGCUGGAGUCGUGCUUGUAGCCACACUGCUGCCUAUCCUCCUCAUACCCUUCAUAGUGUACACUGUGGUCUGGAAGAGUAGUUUAAGGGACUGAACGCUUUUACAUGAUCCCAGAAAGUGAUAAAAACUCUUUACUCACCCUCA